UAUUGACAGCCGGAAGUCAGUAGUGCCACCAGGUGUUGACAGCACAAACCAAAGACCUUUUCUUCGGCAUCCGUGAAGUUGACAGUACUCGUUUCACACCCCGUAAAGCCAACCGACAGUCAAGAUGACGAACUCCAAGGGUUAUCGCCGCGGUACCCGGGACAUGUUCUCCCGUGGCUUCCGUAAACAUGGAACCAUUCCGCUGUCCACCUACAUGAAGGUCUACAAAUCUGGCGACUAUGUCGACAUUAAGGGACAUGGUGCCGUGCACAAGGGCAUGCCCUACAAGGCUUACCACGGCAAGACUGGCCGUGUGUACAACGUUUCCAAGCACGCACUGGGCGUGAUCGUGAACAAGCGCGUCCGUGGAAAGAUUCUACCCAAGCGCAUCAACGUGCGUGUGGAGCAUGUGCAGCCGUCCCGUUGCCGUGAGGAUUUCCUGCGACGUGUGAAGGAGAACGAGCAGAAGCGUCAGGAGAUGAGGAAGCACAAGCUGCCCAAGUUCAAGGUAUCGCUGAAGCGUAAGCCGAAACCGCCGCGCCAGGCACAGAUCAUCAAGAACCCACCGACGCCCAUCUUCCUGGCACCGAUUCCGUACGAAUUCGUGGCCUAAGUUAUAGGAUGGAGUUUCUGGGUUUUAGAGGGUGCCGGUUGAGAGAGAGGAUGUUGUGUUAUGUACUGUGUGUAUGGUGUGGGGCUCCGUGACCAACAA